UGAAUUAGAGAAAAAGGGAACAUUCUUGAAGCAUCAGUCAGCCUCAACACACCUCAGAGGACGGAUAAACAAGUGGAGGAGGGCGGACAGUUAUAAAAAGGAAAAGAUUUUGGGAGGCAGACAUUAAUUUGGGCUCAUCUGUUUCCAGAGGUUCUUUUUUCAUCAGAACACACAAGGUGACUAUGGAAUGGACAGCUUAAGUAGAAAAGGUUACUUGGACGGGGGGGAAGUCACUGGGAGAACCUAUACGGAAACAGCAACAUCUUCAUCAAGACUCCUAUCUCUACCACCAAAGGGAGGGAACUCUAGCAGUUCGAAGCUUUCUUACCAGGCGGGAGGGGGCGGUGGUGUGGAAAAGAAGAACCUGGUACAAAGCGGAAGUAGUUACGUCACACAAACCACAGGUGGCAGCUCGAGAGUCAAUCUUAGCACUUCUGGGUCACGAUUCGCACAGUCCCCAACUUCUACCCUAUCAGUCUCACCAAACUCCACCUUUGAUAGGAAGGCCUACAAUUCCAGCUCUCGCCAGGCGGGGUAUGAAGGAAGUUCUAGUGGGAACUCAUCACCAGAAUACACCAGAAAAGAAAUGGCAUCCUCUUCAACUAGAGGUCGUACUCAGAGCAGAGAGACUGAAAUCCGCACUCGUCUCCAAAGUGCAUCACCCUCCACAAGAUGGACAGAACUUGAUGAUGUAAAGAAACUAGUGAAAGGUGGUCGCUCCACCAGCGUCAGCCCCACCAGGUCACCAACUAAUACCCUUCCCAUUCCCAAAAAAGCAACAGUGGAGACAAAGAUGAUAACUGAGAGCUCCCAGUCAGUUUCAGGGUCGUAUGAUACAACCAUAAUGGAAUCGGCUCUCCCAUCCUUCAUGUGGACCUCCACACUUCCUGCAGGAUCCUCCUCGGCUGGCUAUCACAACAAUAUGGCCAACAUGGGUUAUGGGUCUUCUAUGAUGAAUGCCCAUUCCUCAGGAUCAGUAUUUGGAGUCCCAAACAACCUGGCCCCCAGCUCUCCUACCCUACAUUCAGGGAUGCAUUCCUCCUCUGCUGUAUUUGGUAUGCAAAACAAUUUGGCCCCCUUAUCCUCCCAAUUCACUGCAUCAGCUGCAGCCCCUGUUGGCAAUAGCUCAGGACAAGCCGUAAACACCUCAGGUCUUUCAGGGUAUGGAGUACAGAAGAAUGUCACACAGAACACCCAAAGCUCAGGUGCAACAAUCAGUGGUGGCACCACCUCUACAACUGUUACCACUUCUAAAGCCCAAGGUGAUGACCUCCUCAGCAAAGAAUAUAAGUUUCUUCUGCUGGAGAAAGAAAAGGCCCCAGCUAAGAAGGAAGGAGACAUGCUGAUCAUGUCUAAGGACAGUGGCAAGGUCUUCACAGCCACCUCUGGUGGCAGCUCAGGUUUAUACUGUGAAGACACUCUAAAGAAAGAAAAACAAUUAACAACAAGAAUGGAAACCUCAUAUAAAUCAGAAGCCAAUGGUGGUUUGAAGGCAACAAAAGAUAAAACCACAUAUGCAGAAAUACAUCGAGUCGAUGGCUUGAAGGCUGGAUCUGAUUAUUAUGGGGAGAGUACGGAAAGUGGUACUGACAGCGUCUGUGGACCAUGUGCUUCUUGCUGUAAAUGGUGGAUGUGGGCACUUGGUCUGAUCUUGGGUCUACUUUUCCUUCUGGGAUUGCUCUUCGGACUCCUCUCUCUGUGGCAGGACGUGAAGAAUUUAAAAGAACGUGUGGACAACCUACAUGCACAGUCAAGUAUUGGUCGCUUGCAGGCAAACCCUGCAUUACUCGGCAGUCCCGAUAUGAAUAUGAAUUUGGGCAGCUAUUCCGACUCUUCAGGCAGUGACCAAAGAGAGGCCUUAUGGCUAUACAUCAGAGAAAAGAUGUCAUCAGAAAGAGGAACAUUUGUUGGUCAGAGAGGUGAACCUGGACCAAAAGGUGACACAGGAAUACAAGGAGAAAAAGGUGACAGAGGAUACUCAGGUCCCCAAGGAACGCCCGGUCUUAUUGGUCAUCCAGGAGCAGAUGGAUCUAAAGGACAGAAAGGAAGUGCAGGUGAUCCUGGUAUCGAAGGUCAACAUGGGCAAAGAGGAAGAGAUGGCACACCUGGACCUCGUGGAGAACCUGGUCCUCCUGGAUUUGGAGAAAAGGGUGACAGAGGCUUGCAAGGAGAACCAGGGUUGCCAGGAUCUGCAGGCAUUCCAGGACAAAUGGGACUUAAAGGUACAAUGGGUCCUACAGGUUCUCAGGGUCUACCAGGAACUCCUGGUCCGCAAGGUUUUAGAGGAGAAGCUGGAGCACCAGGGCCUAAAGGUGACAAAGGAUCGAUUGGUCCACCUGGAACUAAAGGUGACACCGGUGACAAGGGAGCUCGAGGACUUACAGGUGACCCAGGACCAAGAGGAUUACCAGGACCCACUGGAGAGCCAGGAUCUAAAGGAUCAGCAGGACCUCCUGGGCCAGAUGGACUUCAAGGUCAACGAGGUGAACAAGGUUCUACUGGACAACCAGGACAAAGAGGCCCACCAGGACCAUCAGGAGACACAGGCCUGCCAGGACUACCCGGAGUCCAGGGCCCACCAGGACCACCCGGCAACCCAGGACGAGGAGGAGCUAAAGGUGAUGUUGGCGAUCCUGGAAGAGUCAGUACAGAUGGUAGUUCCUAUUAUGUCCCUGGACCACCAGGACCAGCAGGACCUGUGGGACCACCAGGUUCACCAGGAGUUCCAGGUCCCGUGGGUCCAUCUGGUCUUCCAGGAGCACCAGGUGCCAAAGGAGCCAGAGGAGAGCCUGGAGAGACUGCAGUUUCAUAUACAAGGGCAGAAAAUGCAUAUGCAGCACAGCAAGGGCCAGGAGCCCCUGGACCACCAGGGCCACCAGGACCCCCAGGAGCCUCAAUUCAAGGUCCACCAGGACAAGUAGGUGCUCAAGGUCCUCCUGGUCCUCAAGGUCCUCCUGGUCUUCAAGGUGCAGUAGGUCCAGCAGGUGAAGGUAGACAAGGACCCCCAGGCCCACCAGGGCAGGCAGUAUUUUCAUCAGGAUUAGAAACAGGUGCUGGUCUUUAUGGACCACCCGGUCCACCAGGACCGCAAGGAGACCCAGGUCAAAGAGGUUUUCCAGGUCAACCAGGACAACCAGGUGAUCCAGGUCAACCAGGAAUUCCAGGAUCGCCAGGCCGUGAUGGAGCUUCAACUGUUGGACCAGCUGGACCUCCAGGAAAUCCAGGAUCACCAGGGUCACCAGGACCACCAGGUGAAGCUGGAGUCCCAGGUGCUCCCGGUAUACCAGGAAGUUCUAGAGGCUCAACUGGUGCAAGACCUGGCCAAGGGUCACCUGGUCUACCUGGCCCACCUGGUCCUCCUGGACUUCCCGGCCUCCCUGGGCCUUCCGGUGAUGGUGGUGGUGCAGCAGAAAUUCAACAAUAUAUUGCACAAUAUCUUCAAAGUGAAAAUGUCAGAAAUUACUUGAUUGGACCUCAGGGACCACCAGGGCCACCAGGUGGACAAGAACUGGACUAUGCAGAAUUGGCCAGCCGGGUUAUGAGCUACAUAAGAGGUUCAGGAUUUACGGGAUCCGAUGGCAUAGGAACAAUCUCAGGUCCUGCCGUUACAUAUGAAGAAAUCUUAUCCAUGUUGCAGAACUCUGGACUGACAAUCGGCAUUCCAGGACCCCCUGGUCCACCAGGACUACCAGGAUCUGCAUAUGGUGACAUAGCAGCUUUACUUCAAACAUCUGAAUUCAGAGGAGUUGUUGGCCCACCUGGACCACCAGGCCAACCCGGACGUCCAGGCUACCCUGGUUCCCCAGGACCCAUGGGACCUCCCGGACCUUCAAGCAGUAGUCUGACAAGCUUCGGUAGUGAAGAUAUUGCCACCUACCUGCAAAGUACCGGAUUCAUGGUAGGCCCUCCAGGCCCACCAGGCCCACCAGGACCACAAGGGCCAGCAGGCUAUGGAGGCGGCCUGGCCUCUUAUGCUGAUGACAUGAGGAGUGAUCAGUUAAAGAGUGAGCUUAUAGAGUACCUGACAAGUGACAACAUUCGUAGAUACAUCUCUGGACCACCAGGACCCCCUGGCCCUCCUGGUCCUCAAGGCCUAAGAGGUUCUAAAGGAGACAGUGGUGUGAUGUCAUCAUCCUCAUUAUCAUCAUCAGGAUCAUCAGGAUCAUCAUCAGGAUCAUCAUCAGGAUCAUCAUACUCUUCAUUAUCCUCAUCGUCAUUCUCAUUAGAUUAUGAUGAAGUUGUAUCUCGUGUGGCCGAACAUAUUCAGAACCAACGUCUCCUUGAAGAUACUGCAUAUGGAUUUCAGAGAUCUGUUCUAACUGGUCCUCAAGGGCCUCCAGGACCACCAGGAAUCUGUCAAGUAUAUGCAACCCAUGCAAACAUCACCACUGAUCUCAUGGAAGUUUUCAGAGUUCACGGGACCAUUGCUGGAGCACCUGGUUUACCAGGGCAGAAGGGAGACAGAGGAUUCCCUGGUGUCAAAGGUGACAGAGGAGCGCCGGGCUAUGCUGGACCACAAGGACCCAGGGGUCCAAAAGGAGAGAAAGGAGAACAAUUUAUUCUUGGAAAACGGAAAAGAAGAAGCCUGGGUGUCUGAUAAGAUCAUCUUAUUGCCGUUGACUCAUCAGCCCAUGUUGCUUGAUACAUUGAGAACUAUUUGCCGAAGCUAAUUGACCAUCAUCCCUUCUCUCCUGCACUGGAUUUCCAAAAAUACUACCAGAAUUGGGCACCUCUCUAUCAAGUAACUUGUCUCAGUAAUUUCCCACAUCACAGCUUCCAUUAAUCAGAAGUCUCUCGUGAAUCCGGAGGAAAAGGUCUUAUUGGUGUCAUCUGUUGAAAUGAUCUUUCAAUUGCCUAUGCCAUAAAAACAUCUACUGGGCAUGAAAUAAUUUUUGUAACUGAUGACAUGCUGUAAAUAAUAUUACACGUACGAAUAGAAUGGGGAGGGGGAAGGGGCAAAACUACAGGGACCAGUGUAAUAGCAAAAGUGUCUGUCUCUGCAUUAGGAUUUAUGGAGGCCACAGAGAAAGUUUAUGACACCUUCACAGAUCAAGACUGGAAAUCCAAAACUCUAAGAUCUUUGGAUUUCCUAUAACUAAAAUUUUACUGAGUGGGGAAAUUGGACCAAAUUUGUGUAUAAUUAAUGACUCUGGCCCAUCACGCGAUCAAUCGACUCAUAUCUAGCAUUUUAUUUAUCUCUCGCCUUCUAUACAUUAGUCAUCAUUGUUUUUUUUAUUAGACCUUUUGAGGACAUUUUAUGAUAUUUUUUUAUUUCCUGUUUUUUCUAUCAAGUAUUUUAGGAAAGAAUGUGGCGGUGCGCGCAGGCUAACCGUUUUGUAUUUAUUGAUGCCAUAGGGAUGAUUGUUAAGCAACUGCUGUUACAUUGAGAGAAUUUAUGUUCUUUAUGAAACAAGGAGAUUUCUAUCCUCCAAAUUCAUGGCUAACCAUAUAUUUGCAACCUUUAAAGAAUAUAAUAUGACCUUCUCAGUGCAGGUGAAAAAGUGGUGGCCCACAGUAGCCAAUCAGAUUGCAGCUUGAUUUAUCCAACGCAGGGUAGGACUUAAGAGCAGCAAUCUGAUUAGUUGCCAAUGCAAGUGAUAUACAGGAAGCACACUCAGUCCUGGGCCUUAUGCACCAAACCAAAAUUUCCAGCCAAUCUCAGAGGAUAACAUUUUUGUAUAGACCCUAAAAAGAGUGCAGCUCUUAUCCAUUAUUUUGCCCUAAAACAUGGUUGCUAUAGACGGCAUGUCCAGUUUUGUUUGGUUUUAUACAAGAGGUUCAACGUACUCUUACAUUACUGCCUAUAUGUCGCGUUCCAUUCCAAGUAAUGAAAUAAAAUGGUGUAGAUCAUUUUGUCUGACUGGUUAAUAUAUAAGAAAUUACGCCAUGUUUACAGAAAUAGGACCGCGAGGUAACCCUAAUUUUCCUGCGCUGCGCUUUAAAUACUAAUACUGUAUCAUGUUAUUGAAUAGAUGAUGACACAUAUAGUUUGAGUUAUUGCCUGGUUCUUCAUAUGAAAGAUCGGGACAUGUGGUUUGUCUAGUAACAUCCAUUUAUUUGCCCAGGGUAAUUCCACCUUAAAGGGUAUGGAAACAUUCAGUACAAUUUUUUUAUGAUUGCAUUUUGCUCAUUUUGGGCUAAAAUAAAAAAAAAUUAAAUUGGUGUUUAUUAAAAAUUCUCAGCCGUUUUUGAGAUACAUGGGGUUAAAAAUCAGUCUGUUUGAACAUUAUCACUUCUCAGUGAAGCCUUAUUUCUGUUCUCCUGACUUCAUAAACACUCAUUUAAGCCAUAGUCUUUUUAGAGAUUAGCUAUAAUGAGUGUUUUUAACCCCUGUAUCUCAAUAACAGCAAUUUUUUUUUAUAAAGACCAAUUGAAAAUAUGAUUUUUAGCUAAAAAUAAGUAAAAUGCAAUCAUAAAAAAUUGCCGUGAAGGUGUCCAUUAAGACCAGUUUCAGUGCAGUCCAUUAAAUGGCCACACUUUCAGGACCACACACACCUUGGCUGACCCAUUCUCACUGCAUCGUAGUGAUCUGUUAUGAUGUGACUUCUAGCCUGACACAUGUCUACUGUCCUGUACAGACAGCACCUUUUGAGUACAGGGUAUCAGACUGGAAAUCAUAUAAGUCACUAUGAUGCAGUGAGUUUGGGUUAGGAGAGCUGCUGUUGGUUCGGUCACGUGGACCACACCGUAGCCAUCUGAAACCAGCCUUAGUCACACUCCUUUGGAUGGCAAGUGUUACAUGACCGAUAUAGACUUUGAACAUUUUCUUCUUCUGAGGUUCUACACCAUGCAUACGAUCCGCUGUAACCAUGAUGUGGUUGGUUGAUGUGACUUUGGAUGCUGUGUCAGCAGGUGUCUGAAGUCUUCAUACACAAGCCCUGCAGGCAGCCAUAUAAUGCUACCUCCCAGCUGAGUAAUCCAGAGAGCAUUAAAAGGGUUGUCCAGAGGUAGAAAAACGUGGCU